AUGUCGGGCACGAUGAGUUCUCCUAAGAAUCCGAUUACUAUUGGAUGCAAGGUCACGGUCAAGGGGAAGUCCAAGGGCGUGGUGAGGUAUAUAGGUCCGACCAAGUUUGGAGCUGGUAUCUGGGUUGGAGUCGAAUUAGACAAACCCAAAGGUCAACACGAUGGUUUUUAUGAUGGCCAGAGAUACUUCACCUGCAAACCAAUGCAUGGAGUGUACGCCAUUUCUGCUGAUGUUCAGCCAUUGAAGCCGUGGCAAUCCGCCGUCCGAGUUAUACAAGGGCUUGUGCGCGGAAAAGCUGAGAAGCAAGUCACCGACCACAAGAAAACCUUCUUGGCAUGGAAUGCCUUGGAGCUGGACGAAGAAGCCCAGCAUCAUGAACAGUGCGCUACUCAAGAGCGCGUGGAAGCAAUCUUGCGCGCUUCGCAUCCUUCGAUUGCCCAGCUGCCCAACGAAAUUUCAGCGCUGACGCUGGCCAAUGCCUGUGGAAUGUCUCCAGACUUCAUGCAGUGGGGAUCGGAUAUUGAGGUGGAGGCUGAUUACGAGGGUCCCCACAUACAAUUCCCCAUCACUCCUCAAGGCGCUGCUACUCUUCUACAUCACAUUCGGUCGAACCCUGACUACCCGGUUCACAAGAAGUACGUGGCUCAAUUAUUGGGUCGCAUAUGCCAGCACUUGAUGGAUGACAAAGUUGGUGCUGUGAACCAUAUUGAGGUUCCACCGAAGGGGAAGUUGGUAGUGUUUGGCGACACGCAUGGUCAGCUUGCUGACUUCCUCCUUGUGCUUCAACGUCAUGGCCCUCCAUCAGAUAAAGUAGCAUAUUUACUCAAUGGCGACAUUGCUGACAGAGGAGAUAAUUCGCUUGAGAUUUUUGUUGUCAUUCUUGUUUACAAGCUGCUCUAUCCUAACAGAGUUUUUAUCAACAGAGGCAAUCAUGAGAAUCAUGACAUCAAUAGGAAGCCCGCGGACUGUGGAGGUGGAUUUUAUGAUGAAAUCAUGUACAAAUUGGAUGGCUCCAUAUUUCUGAUGUUCCAGCAAUUUUUCGAACUUCUUCCAUUGACGACCAUCAUCAACAAGCAAGUCUGUGUGCUUCAUGGAGGUAUUCCACGAGUGGAGGGGCUUACCUUGAAUCGUGUCAAUUCGAUCGUUCGAAGGCGACAGUGUCCAAAGAUUGUUCAAACCAUAGAUGAUGCCAUCUUAUUUGAUUUGAUGUGGGCAGAUCCACAGGAGGCUAAGGGCAUUGCCAUGGCUGCUCAGAGGGGACCCAAUUGUCGUAAGUUUGGGCCCGAUAUCACCAAACGAUUUUUAGCGGACAAUUCCUUAUCUCUCUGCAUCCGAUCCCAUGAAGUUCCGAUUAGUCUCAGAGGGUUUGAAGAAAGGCACGAGGGACGCUUGCUUACAGUGUUCAGCGCGAGUAAUUAUUGCGGACAAGCUGGAAAUUAUGGAGCGAUUGUUGUAUUUGAUGAUGAAAUGAGCUAUACGCUUGAGGAACAUAUGGCACCAGAUCUUGACGCUAUGAUUCUCGAAUAUAACAAGACUGCAACUAUACCGCCUAUUGCGCCCAAUCCUCUGAUACAGCGUAAGAAUUCAGAGAGAGACCGCCCACAAUCGCUUGCGCAGAGUAGAGAGCUGAUGAAUCAUGAGGUGAUCAGCAAGUUGGAAGUGAAGAUAUGCCAGUACAAGGAUGAAUUAUGGUGGUACUGGAAGCGAAUCGAUGAGAACGGGACUGGUAUGAUUCCAGCUGCAAAAUGGCGAGAAGGAAUGACCAAUACAUUGAAACUUGAAAUUCCAUGGUUUUCUCUACAAAAUGAGCUUGCACGUCCGAACCAGAAUGGCGAAGUGGAUUAUCGUGAUUUCUUGAAUAGGAUCCGCAACAAAGCGAUCAUGACAGGCUUGAAGAAAGUUGAUAACUCAUGGGAGAAGCAGAUCUUAGUCACGUUGUAUGAAUCCAUUUUGAUGGCUGACCUGACUCUGAAACAAACUUUGGCUGAGUUUGACCCGGAUGGCGAUGGAGUUGUCAGUCCAUGGGAGUUCAAACAGGCACUGGAAAAGGCGAAAGUUGACAUUCCCGACGGCCAGUUAACAGCGCUUAUGCGCUUGAUCGAAAAAGAUGGCGGCAAGCUCGACGUGGGUACAUUCCUUGAUAGGUUCCAAUUGGUGUAUUCUCGUGCUGCGGAUGAGGGACUGGAGAAUACAAAUGUUGGUAAUGGUGAACGUGCGCGCGAUCUUCUUACGAGAGUCGGACGGCAUCUUCUUCAGAAUCGCGAGAAGAAUCGUAUGAGCAUCUUUGAGGAAGCAGAUAUCGACGGAGAUGGGUUCGUUCAGGAAGGCGAAUUCUACAAGAUGAUAGACAAGUUGAAUCUUGUGCCUCCUAUAUCGAUGGAAGAGAAGAGAGAGAUGUAUCGGUAUGUGGAUGUCAACGGGGAUGGUCAUCUCAACUACCUGGAGUUCUGUGCUGCCUUCAAGGCAAAGGUCGUCGGAAUGGAUAAUGAGGAUGAAGCCAUUUCAGCAAUCGUUGAGACCAUCGUCUCUGCACUUCAAAAGAACAUGCAGUCUCUCGAGUUUGCGUUUCGAUUCUUUGAUCGGAAAGGAAAGUCGGGACCCCUGACCGAAGAUCAGAUUGACGUGAGCCGCUGACUGGAAGCAAGAGGUGCACGUGUGUAUGACACCAUUGCAGGUUCUGGUCAAGUAUGUCGACACAGAUGGCGAUGGGAAGGUAGACUAUCAGGAAUUCCUCUCGGCCUUCAAGCCAAAGGACAAUCGAUUUGCCCCCAUCACAAAGUGACCAAAGUCAUCAUCAUUGACUGAUAUGACUAUUGUGACAACACUUUGGCUCUUCUUAAGUUUCCUUUCUGUUCGCUACUUGUUUGACUUGCCUUUGGGUCCAACAUUUUUCCCCCUUUGUCGAUGCACAAAAUUGUUCCAACUUCACACAGUAAACACCCACACUUAC